AUGAAUAGUGCACUUCUAACCGACGACAAUGCGAUGUGGAAACAAAGAUUCCGUAUGCAUCAAUAUGGAGGAUACUUAGCAAAGUGUAAUCAUCAACGUGGUUUAGUGAUAAGCAAUCAAUCGGGUAUUUAUCAAUUAUAUUCAUGGACUGUAUCGAAUGGGCAACUGCGUCAGUUAACAAAUCAUUCGGAGGGUAAAAGGGACGGAUUUAUAUCCUGUGACGGUCGUUUUGUUUAUUAUCUGAACGACACGAAAGGUAAUGAAACUGGUCACUAUACUCGCAUCGAUGUGGAGAGUGGUAAAGAAGUAGACUUAACACCUGAAAGAGAACCCUACUCGUCGUUAGGAUUUCACACGGAUGGUAUUGGCAAAACAGUAGCGUAUCUAACUACUGAUCAUGAAAAGGGUUGUCAACUAUUUACACAAUGUGUAACAAUGGAUUCUAUUGGUGAACCGAAUUUGAUCUACGAAACGGCAAAUUUGACAAUUAAUCCGAUUUUAUCGUAUAACGGAGAUCUUGUGGUCAUAGAAACUACCGAUGUUAAAAAGGGUAUAGGAAGUAUACUGGUCGUCUUUGACAUUAGUAAUAAUAGACGUUUGAUUAGCACGCUCGAUUACGGGCACGGAGUUAAUGUGGUACCAAAACAAUUCGCUCCAUCACCGAACGAUAUACGUCUUUUAGCGAAAAGCAACCGUACCGGAGCGAAUCGACCAUUGAUUUGGAACGUACGGACUAACGAACAAAUCGAUUUUAUACUUGAUGAGUUCGGCAUCGAAGGAGAUAUUGAUCCACUCGAUUGGUCGGAAGAUGGGAAUUUCAUUCUUUUAUUACAAAUUCAUAAUGCUGUUUUUCGACUGUACUGUUAUUCUAUUGUUGACAACACUAUAAAUGCACUGAUAGAACAGCCAUCCGGCAUGAUUCAUGAUGCACGAUUCGGCCCUGAUGGAACGAUUCUGGUUCAGUGGGAAAAUGCACAUACACCUCGACGAAUAGUUGCAUUGAAUGCUAACAAUGGAGCAUUUGAGAAAGUUAUGCUCGGACCACCGAAAAUUGAAAACUUGAUAACUCGCUCACAACAUUCAGUGACAUUUUCAUCGUCGGAUAAACAACUUAUACAAGGUCGACUUACCUUGCCUAGUAUGCAUGCUGAUGGACCAUUUGCAACAAUUAUUGACGUACACGGCGGUCCUGCAUCUGUUACAAGUGAAAAGUUCGAUCCAGUAAGUGAAGCAUGGGUCGAUCACGGCUUUGCAUAUCUAUCAAUUAAUUAUCGUGGCUCGAUAACUUUUGGACGUGAAUUUGAACAUAAGAUUUAUUCUGACAUUGGCCAUUGGGAAGUAGAAGAUAUUGUCGCUGCACGUACUUGGCUUGUUGAACAGGGUAUUGCUCAACCCAACACUAUAUUUCUAACAGCAGGUAUUGCUAUUGCCGAUUGGACCAUGCUCUAUGAAGAUUCGGCUGAAUCGCUGAAAACUUACGAAGUAUCCUUAUUUGGCGGUACACCAGCUGAAAAGCCGGAAUUAUACGCAGCCGCAUCUCCCAUCACGUACGUCGAACAGAUCAGUGCGCCUGUACUGAUUAUUCAAGGAGCUAAUGAUACACGAUGUCCUGCACGUCAAAUGAAAUGCUUCGAGGAUAAGAUGCGUCAGCUCAAUAAAAAGUUAGAAAUUGAAUGGUUUGGUGGUGGACAUGCACUCAAUGCUUCGGAACAGCUGAUUUUACAUAUCGCAAAAAUGCUAUGCUGGACUCACAGAGUACUUGAAGAAAACAACGCAAAAACUACCAGUUGA